AUGGCCAGAAUUGGUGAAAAACGCCAACAGCCAGCAGACUCCGUAACAGGAUGCAGCGAUGCAUCCACAUCCGGGCAGUUUCCAGAUAUUCCGCUAGAUUUAGCUGCCCCUAAACGGUUCCGAUUUAUGAUUGACCACCUGCUGAACUUCGAUGAUGACGAGAAAACCGAGAAGCAGCAGAUGCCUCCAAAAGGCCAUGAUGAUGAUGAUAGCGGACCGGGAAGUGUGGAGCCAGAGGAAUGUGGUAGUGGAAUUGCCAGUGGUACGGAACAAACACUGAAAACUUCCCCGCCUGCUGGGAAUUCCCAACUGCUGCAACAUGUCACUUGCCGACUGGAAGGACGAGAGUUAUGGAGUAAAUUUUAUGAACUAAGCACCGAAAUGAUU